AUGUGUCCAGCAGGGGUUGAUAUCCAUGGUCUAAUCAAACCCUCCUCUGCCAUCCUGAAUACCUAUGGAGGAGGUGUAAAGCCAGUGGGGCAAAUAGAAUUGGUCUGUGAAACUAAAGGAAAGUUUCACACUCUUCAGUUUCAGCUGUUAAAUAAGGACGUCAUGGGAUCACAGCCACCUCUUCUAAGUGGAUCUGAUUGUGUUAGAUUAGGCCUGGUUGAGAUAAGAGGAAACACCUGCUCCUUGGAUCGUAACAACCCAAAAGGGGGUGCCUCAGAAGUGUGCCAGCUUAACUCGGGACCUCUUCGCGGAAGAGUGGAGGAAAGUGGACCUCCUGAUCAGGAAUUCAGGCCCACCUCACUGAAUGGUAGUGCAACAGAAGAGAUUAAUCUGACUGAGGAAACCACCAGCACA